UUUCCCUCUUUCCAGUAACAUGUCACAAAUUUAUGUAUUUGUAUUGGGUGAGGCCCAGGUAAUCUCCCUGUUUAUAACUCUAACCUUUCGAUGAGCAAACACACAAUGUGAACUUUGGUUUAUCUCCUACCAUAAUGUAGCUGUUAAUUGCUGGCAGGCAGGCUGUAUUCUGCGGUCCACGUGACCAGUGGGGCAUGACCAGAAAGGAGCGUGGGGAAGAGUGGACCAAGGGACCCAGCUAGAGGCUGUGCAACUGAAGCUCCUGCCUCCCUAAAAGGCCAGAGUAAAGCAAGUGAGCACAAGGAGUAUGGUUCUGAGGUAAGCGAGGUCAUGAAGACGCCAAGGUUGGGCUUGGUUUUGUGGUCACUGCUCCUCCAUCCAGGCCUGAUGCUCUGGGCCUCCCAGGUGAGUCAGAACUGCAAGGAUGGCAACUACGAGAUCAGUGUCCUGAUGGUGAACAACUCGGCCUUCCCAGAGUCCCUGGAUAACUUGAAAGAAGCAGUGGAUGAGGGGAUAAAAAUAGUGAGAUGGCGCCUGCAUGAAGCUGGCAUAAAUGUGACUGUGAAUGCUUCCUUUAUCUAUUCGAAUGGUUUGAUUUAUAAGUCAAGUGACUGUCGGACUAGCACCUGUGAAGGCCUCGACCUACUCAGGAUAAUUUCAAGGGAAGAACGGAUGGGCUGUGUCCUCAUGGGGCCCUCGUGUACAUAUUCUACCUUCCAGAUGUACCUUGACACAGAUUUGAACUAUCCGAUGAUUUCAGCUGGAAGUUUUGGAUUGUCAUGUGACUACAAAGAAACUUUAACCAGGCUGAUGUCUCCAGCUAGGAAGCUGAUGUAUUUCUUGGUUAAUUUUUGGAAGGCCAAUAAUUUACCAUUCAAAACUUUUUCCUGGAGCACUGCAUAUGUUUUCAAGAAUAGUACCGAGUCUGAGGACUGUUUCUGGUACCUCAAUGCUCUGGAGGCCGGAGUUUCCUAUUUUUCUCAGGAACUUGUCUUCAAGGAAGUGUUGAGAGGAGAUGACCAGUUUCAGAAUAUCUUAAUGAACCAGAACAGGAAAAGCAAUGUGAUUCUUGUAUGUGGUGGACCAGAAGUCAUCUACUCCCUCAAGGGUGACCGGGCAGUGGCGGAAGACAUGGUCAUUAUUCUAGUGGAUCUAUUCAAUUUUGCCCUAGGGUAUACGGGUCCUGUGACUUUGGAUGACUGUGGGGACAUUGACAACACUAUGGUGCUUCUGUAUACCUCUGUGGACACCAACAAAUACAAGGUUCUUUUGACCUAUGACACACACGUAAAUGGGACUACAUCAGUGGAUCUGAGCCCUACUUUCACGUGGAAGAACCAUAAACUUCCUGACGAUAUUCCAGGCCAGGGACCUCAAGUCCUGAUGAUUGCAGUCUUCACUCUCACAGGAAUUAUGAUCUUGCUCCUGCUCAUUGCUCUCCUGGUGCUGAGAAAAUAUAAAAAAGAAAAUGAACUUCGUCAGAAAAAAUGGUCCCACAUUCCUCCUGAAAAGAUCUUUCCUCUGGAGACCAAUGAGACCAACCAUAUUAGCCUGAAGAUCGAUGAUGACAAGAGACGAGAUACAAUUCAGAGACUACAACAGUGCAAAUACGACAAAAAGCGAGUGAUUCUAAAAGAUCUCAAGCACAAUGAUGGCAAUUUCACCGAGAAACAGAAAAUAGAAUUGAACAAGUUGCUUCAGAUUGACUAUUACAACCUAACCAAGUUCUACGGCACAGUGAAGCUUGAUACCACAAUCUUUGGAGUGAUUGAAUACUGUGAAAGAGGAUCCCUCCGGGAAGUUUUAAAUGACACAAUUUCCUACCCUGAUGGUACAUUCAUGGAUUGGGAGUUUAAGAUCUCUGUCUUGUAUGACAUUGCUAAGGGCAUGUCAUACCUGCACUCCAGUAAGAUAGAAGUCCAUGGUCGUCUGAAAUCCACCAGCUGUGUGGUGGACAGUAGAAUGGUGGUGAAGAUCACCGAUUUUGGCUGCAAUUCCAUUUUACCUCCAAGAAAAGACCUGUGGACAGCCCCAGAGCACCUCCGCCAUGCCAGCAUCUCUCAGAAAGGGGAUGUGUACAGCUACGGGAUCAUCGCACAGGAGAUCAUCCUGCGGAGGGAAACCUUCUACACACUGAGCUGCCGGGACCAGAAUGAGAAAAUUUUCAGAGUGAAGAAUUCCAAUGGAGUAAAACCCUUCCGCCCAGAUCUGUUCCUGGAAAUGGCAGAGGAAAAAGAGCUGGAAGUCUAUCUACUUGUGAAAAACUGCUGGGAGGAAGAUCCAGAAAAGAGACCAGAUUUCAAGAAAAUUGAGAAUACGCUGGCCAAGAUAUUUGGACUAUUUCAUGACCAAAAAAAUGAAAGUUAUAUGGAUACCUUGAUCCGACGUCUCCAGCUAUAUUCUCGAAACCUGGAACAUCUGGUGGAGGAGAGGACACAGCUGUACAAGGCAGAGAGGGACAGAGCUGACAGGCUUAACUUCAUGUUGCUCCCAAGGCUAGUGGUAAAGUCUCUGAAGGAGAAAGGCUUUGUGGAACCUGAACUAUAUGAGGAAGUGACAAUCUACUUCAGCGACAUUGUAGGUUUCACCACUAUCUGCAAAUACAGCACCCCCAUGGAAGUGGUGGACAUGCUCAAUGACGUCUAUAAGAGCUUCGACCACAUUGUUGAUCACCAUGACGUGUACAAGGUGGAAACCAUUGGUGAUGCCUACAUGGUGGCUAGUGGUUUGCCUAAGAGAAAUGGCAAUCGGCAUGCAAUAGACAUUGCCAAGAUGGCCUUGGAUAUCCUCAGCUUCAUGGGGACUUUUGAGCUGGAGCAUCUUCCUGGCCUCCCAAUAUGGAUUCGCAUUGGAGUUCACUCUGGUCCCUGUGCCGCAGGAGUAGUGGGGAUCAAGAUGCCUCGUUAUUGCCUAUUUGGAGAUACCGUCAACACAGCCUCAAGGAUGGAAUCCACUGGCCUCCCCUUGAGAAUUCAUGUGAGCGGCUCCACAAUCUCCAUCCUGAAGAGAACUGAGUGCCAGUUCCUGUAUGAAGUGAGAGGAGAAACGUACCUAAAGGGAAGAGGAACUGAGACCACCUACUGGCUGACUGGGGUGAAGGACCAGGAGUACAACCUGCCAACCCCUCCUACUGUGGAGAAUCAACAGCGCUUGCAAGCGGAGUUUUCAGACAUGAUUGCCAGCUCUUUGCAGAAAAGACAGGCCACAGGAGUAAGAAACCGAAAACCAACUCGGAUAGCCAGCUACAAAAAAGGCACCCUGGAAUACUUGCAACUGGACACGACAGACCAGGAGAGCACCCAUUUGUAAAUCUAAAUGAGGCUCAAGGACUCAGGCAAAUUAAGGAGAGCUGCACUGAGGCAUCGGCCCCUGCUGUCCUGAAAGCCUCCGUUUCCCUGAGACCUCAGGGGACCGGAAGAAGACAUCGAUUUCUUCCUCUUAGCCUUGGCUGCCUGUCUGGAACAUAGACUUGCUUCUGUGAAUCAGAUCUGCGCUCUCAGUGCAAUAAUUACCUUCUACUCUGGAGUCUGAUCUCAACAGUUGCUCCAGGGAACUUCGACCUAGGAAAGAAGAGGAACCAAUGUACUAUCUCAAAGUUGAGGAGGUUUUGUUCUUGUUUCAUUUAUUUUGUUUCUGUUUUGUUUUGUUUACUAGCUCUUUUGCAUUCUGUAUUCACGAUAAGA